GUGUGUGUUUUCCUUUUUCCGGAUGUAGCAUCACGCCAACUGACUGUCAACAUGCAAGAUGGCCACGCAUCACAGGCAAAAUGCUGCUGGGCGGAGGAAAGUACAGGUUUCCUACGUAAUUAGAGACGAGGUGGAGAAGUACAAUCGCAAUGGGGUGAAUGCCCUCCAGCUCGACCCUGCUCUGAACCGGCUCUUCACCGCAGGAAGAGACUCCAUCAUCCGGAUAUGGAGCGUCUACCAACACAAACAGGACCCAUAUAUUGCGUCUAUGGAGCAUCACACAGACUGGGUUAAUGACAUAGUUCUCUGCUGCAAUGGAAAAACAUUGAUAUCAGCGUCAUCAGACACAACGGUGAAAGUAUGGAACGCUCAUAAAGGAUUUUGUAUGUCGACGUUACGGACGCACAAGGACUAUGUCAAAGCUUUGGCGUACGCUAAGGACAAGGAGCUGGUGGCGUCGGCCGGCCUAGACCGGCAGAUCUUUCUUUGGGACGUGAACACGCUGACGGCGCUCACGGCUUCCAACAACACCGUCACCACUUCGUCGCUGAGUGGGAACAAGGACUCCAUCUAUAGCCUGGCUAUGAACCAGAUGGGCACAGUUAUUGUCUCUGGAUCCACUGAAAAGGUUUUGAGAGUGUGGGACCCUCGGACGUGUGCGAAGCUUAUGAAGCUAAAAGGUCACACAGAUAACGUCAAGUCAUUGCUCUUGAACCGCGACGGCACUCAGUGCCUGUCGGGGAGCUCAGACGGGACCAUCCGCUUAUGGUCCCUCGGGCAGCAGAGGUGCAUCGCCACAUACAGGGUCCACGACGAGGGAGUCUGGGCCCUGCAGGUCAACGAGGCCUUCACCCAUGUAUAUUCUGGAGGCAGAGACAAGAAGAUUUAUUGUACCGACCUGCGAAACCCAGACAUCCGCGUGCUCAUCUGUGAGGAGAAGGCCCCGGUGCUCAAGAUGGAACUAGACAGAUCUGCUGACCCGCCUCCAGCGAUCUGGGUUUCCACCACCAAGUCAUCUGUGAAUAAAUGG